AUGGCUUCUAGGGGUUCCAAGGCAUUUGCUCUUUUCAUUCUCCUUGACAUCAUAUUUUUCUCUCUUGUAUCCUCUCACGAGGUUCCAUGCCCUCCUGCAAGUCCUUCCUCUCCUCCCUCUGUUCCUAAGAAGCAAGCCAAGUGUCCCAGAGACACCCUCAAGUUUGGGCUAUGUGGGAGUUGGUUAGGGUUGGUGACCGAGGUCGUCGGGACGAAACCCAGCGAGGAAUGUUGCACCCUGAUAAAGGGUCUGGCGGAUCUCGAAGCUGCAUUGUGUCUGUGUACUGCUAUUAAGGCCAAUUUGCUGGGGAUUGUCAAGCUCAAAGUGCCUGUUGCUGUUGGCUUGCUUGUUAAUGCUUGUGGGGGGAAGGUGCCCGAAGGCUUUGUAUGUGCUUGA